AUGGACUUGAGCGCGCCCUCUGGAUACGAGUCAUACUCGAACCGACUUGACCCUCAUGAUGAAGUCGACAAUUCUCAUGUCGAAAAGGCAGCUCGUCUGAGUUCAGAUGAACAUUCUCUUCUCAAACAGCGCCGGGCGCCACCAAAGUCGAAAGGAGGUGCUCUGGAUAGCAUCCGCCUCGCUUUGCGAGUUCUCAUUCUCCUCGUCAAUCUGAGUAUUCUGGGUUUACUGGCACAUGGAGUCAAUGUUUGGCAAACAACACACAACUCCAUUGACAGGAACGAAGAUGGGUGGGUGCGAACUCGAUGGCCCUCUAUCAAGAUGCUGUCAACGUGGCUCAUGCUGGCUAUGGCCAUUUUUGCAUCCAUCGUUCAAAUCGUCGCUCUCGUCACGCGUCUCAGUUUUUUCCGCUCGAUGCGUGAUGGAGCAGUACACAAUAUCGCUGUCUUUGUUAGCUCCGGACUUGUUAUCGCUGGUUGGAUCGCAGCAUCUGUUUACCUUAUCGUUGAUAAAGAAGUCCUCAAGAACAAUCACUGGGAUCUUUGGUCUUGGUCAUGCCAGAACAAUUCGCGACAAAGCUACAUACCUUGGGCAAGCUUGUGUACAGAGAUGACUUUUACCUAUGCUGCAAGUUUGGGUGUUAUGUUAUUGGAAAUCGUCACCUUGGUGCUUUUUGUUGCCUCGUUGAGAGGUAUGAAUAUUCUUGGCAAGUACAACAGGGCUAGUUCCAACUAG